AUGCGCCAUCGUGUGUGCGGUGUCUGUGCUCGUGUCGGCCGUGUGCAGUGCCCACGCCUGUGUCUAGCCGCCCGGAGCCUGUGUCUAGCCGCCCGGAGCCCGUGUCUAGCCGCCUGGAGCCUGUGUCUAGCCUCCUGGAGCCCGUGUCUAGCCACCCGGAGUCCGUGUCCACCACCCAGAGCCCGUGUCCACCGCCCGGAGCCCGUGUCCAGCCGCCCGGAGCCCGUGUCCACCGCCCGGAGCCCGUGUCUAGCCGCCCGGAGCCCGUGUCCGCCGCCCGGAGCCCGUGUCAGCCGCCCGGAGCCUGUGUCUAGCCGCCCGGAGCCCGUGUCCACCGCCCGGAGCCCGUGUCUAGCCGCCCGGAGCCCGUGUCCACCGCCCGGAGCCCGUGUCAGCCGCCCGGAGCCCGUGUCCACCGCCCGGAGCCCGUGUCCAGCCGCCCGGAGCCUGUGUCUAGCCGCCCGGAGCCCGUGUCCACCGCCCGGAGCCCGUGUCUAG